GCAUUUUCCCUUUCAGGACUUUUGCUCUACAUCAGAGGAACCUUGAAGCCCAGGAUGGCCCUGUCUAACUCCACGGCCGUGCUGCCCUUUCUGACCUCGCUGUGGCAGGAGACAGCGGAACAGGGCGGCAACGUGUCCGGCCUGGCCCCGCGGAGGUCUCAGCUCGCAGGGGAUAGCAAGCUGGAGGCGCUCUACAUCCUCAUGGUGCUGGGCUUCUUUGGUUUCUUCACCCUGGGCAUCAUGCUGAGCUACAUCCGAUCCAAGAAGCUGGAGCAUUCCCAUGACCCCUUUAACGUGUACAUCGAGUCAGACGCCUGGCAGGAGAAAGACAAGGCGGUCUUCCAGGCGCGCGUUUUGGAGAGCUGCAGAGCUUGCUAUGUCAUUGAGAACCAGGUGGCCGUGGAACAGCCCUCCACACACCUUCCCGAACUGAGGCCACUGUCGUGACCCUCACACAGGCAGGCCCUGCG